UAUUUUUAUAUAUCUGGAAAUAAUCUCUGGUCAAACAGAUCUACCGCAUUUACGUGGUUUUAUUUACAUUCAUUCUACCGUCCAUGGAACAUAUUUCAUACAGAAAGAUUCAUUUUGUGCCAUGCGUCGUAUAAUCUAGCAGCUCCACCUAACGCUUCGACCAUGCAACUACUAGAAGGGAAUAACGUGAACCAAAAUCAUGGGAUCCUCGAAAGGAAACGAAUAGAGUUGAGUUCGUGCUCGACUUUCAAAAUGUCGCUUCCUUUUAGUGGAGCUCAUACACGUUCAAAAGGCGUCAUAAGUGCAAUAGCAAAGCAAUUACGUACUUUGUCUUUAAAACCAGUAAAAUCAAUUCAGAUAAAAUUCGAUCCCUUCCAUGAAAAUGCUUUACAAACAAGAAAUUUCUUUUUUCAAAUUACGACACCAAAGAUAAUUGCAACAAAUGCACAUUGCAUUGUGAAACCACAAAUUGUCUCUGACCAAUCUGAACCAACAGUUACAAUGAAGUUAAUAUCAGGCGAUAACGUGAUAUUUAAAGGUGCACACUUGUCAUGUCUAAAUAUGUUGGAACUUUACAACAAACACAUUACUCCUUUGGUUGACACUAAGUCCACAAAUGAAAGUGACGAAGCAGUUAUAGAGAAGAAGAAAAAGAGGGGUAGAGUUAAAAUUAAACAAUAUAGCAAACAUAGAGGAGUAUUUUUAUAAAACUUAUCCAUAGCUUAAUGACAUGCUCAUACACUAGUAGAGUAGAAAAAUGUGGUUAAAUCAUCCAUUUUCUCUGAAGUAAAUGCUCGAUUUUGUUUUAAUUCAGUUGCAGAAUAUCACAGAAAAUUAAACAUAUAUUGUUAGUUCACGAGGGAGAUUUAGUAAUGAACCAUUUAUUAAUAAUUAUGUCUUUAAUGAUUUAACCUUCUUUUUGUGAAAUAAAAUAUAAUUAGUUAAUUUUUUUUUUAUUUUUUAUUUUUUAUUUACCUAAGAGAAAGUAUCCAAUUUUUCAACACAAAAAGUGUUACUGAAAAGUGAUAUUGUUUAU